AGAAGAAGAAGAAGAAGAAGAAGAAGAAGAAGAAGAAGAAGAAGAAGAAGAAGAAGAAGACGGGAGUGAUAUUAGCCAGUAGUAAAGGUUGUUUGUGGAAUCUGCUUUAAUGGUCAAGUGGCCUUACGGUGACCUGUUGUGGUUAUAGUCUGUUAUAAAUAAAUUCGUGGGUAGCGACUAUUCUAAAUAUAUUUAUCGUGGGUAUUAUUCCAAGAUCCCUGUAGUAAUGUCAUCUAUAGUAAAAGCAUUCAAAAGAGGUUUAUAUUUUGCGAUAAAAUAUGAUUCUUUGCUAAUGCGCUGGGAGAUUGAGUGACACACGACAAAGAAGUAAUACCCCAACACACACACAACAGCAAAGUAAUAAGAAAUCACUACCCACAGGAUAGACAUUACAACCUCUCCCUCACCAUAAGGAGAUAGCAACGUAAUUUUUGUUCCAACAGUCCACUUAACAACCAUGCACAACUAACCCAUACAACACGAAAUAAUUACCAACGACGGUCCUCUAAAGCACCACAUCCGAACAUGAAAUAUAGGAACACACUGUUCAACCCCCAUCCAAGAACCUGCACCAGAAAUCACAGCAGGGAACUACACAAUAAGAGAGGACAACUAGAUAACAGCUACCGUCCCAACCACCUCAGUCAUUUUUUAGACCCAGUACACAGAUAUAGCACCAGACAUACAGGAAUAACCAAAAGUGAUAAAAGUCGUCAAUGUAACACCUAAAGAACUAUCACCAGACCAAAUCAACAUACUCUCCAAAGGGCUCAAAUUUAUACCACCACCACCAACACCACCAACACCACCAACACCCAACGUCCAAACUACAACGAAAUGAAAGACGUCGCGGAAGAUUACGACUCGCCGAGGAACUAUACGACAAACACAACGAGGACGAAUCGUUAGCCAGAAAUAGAACUACACCCCAUCAAAAAUCUUUUGAGGAUGGGAAUGAAAUCGAGAGACUAGAUGGAAUUACAAGCUGUUGAGGAGCGGCCAAAAGAAGUAAAAAGCAAAGAGCCUAUAAAAAAGAAGACCUGAAAGAGCCAAGAAGAGAAGUAUAUACUCUACGAAAUCUUUCAACUUUACAGUGGGCCUAAAGAGCGCAAUCCAUUAUAAAAGCGGGAGGGUAACGGACCAAAUUAAUAUGUUGCGUACAAGAUACUCCGAAAUGACAGACUCUUGGUAAAAACCCCGCUGACAAUUAAUGAACAUGUGAAUAAUUAUGCAUCAAACGCAAGGUUUUCCAUAGCAUGGCUGACUCAAAAAUUACUCACUGGCACUGUUGCAAUGCGAGGAAUAGGUGAAGAAGGACUGUCCAAGCAUGAAAUUGUCUAAUCUACCUUAGCAGGAUUAGACGUCUAAAGAAAUCUGACCGUUCGGCUCCUGUUGGAGCAGAAACUGCCACUAAUCUGAAGGUUCCUGUUGGAGAAUAGACUGCCACUAGUCUGAAGGUUCCUGUUGGAGCAUAUACUGCCACUAGUCUGAAGGCUCCACUGUUGCCUUCCUUGUUUGCUAACGUCCAAAACCACCAUCCUCGUACUCGUGUAUGAUUCCAAGAAGAACUUCCGAAAACUAUCUCUUCAAUAACUGCAUCGAAUAUUUGAAAAAUCAACCAUGAAAAGUCUAUCCACAAGUCUUAGGAGCAUCCAGUCGCCAAUGUACAUCCAUUCUCCCGACGGCGGCUGGGGUUGGGUUGUUUGUCUCAGUUCUUUCGGAAUAAACUUCAUUUUAGACGGCACUUUGUUCUGCUUCGGCAUUCUCUAUAUGGAUCUUUUGAAAUAUUUUGAUGGAAGUCCUGCUCAGAUAGCUUGUGUUGGAUCAACUUUAACUGGAAUGCACAUGAUGAUAGGUCCUGUAGUUAGUCUGUUGUUGAUGCGAUUCAGCCACAGAUAUGUUGCCAUCUUAGGUGGAUUUUUUGCUGGAUUGGCGCUUGCUAUAAGUACGUGGGUGGAGAGCGUUGAGUUGUUGAUUUUAAUCUACGGUGUGUGUGGAGGGAUUGGUUUUGGAAUGGUGUUCAUUACAUCGAAUAUAUGUUUGAGUCUAUAUUUCGAGAAGAAACGAGCAUUGGCGACAGGUCUAGCAUCAAGCGGUGCUGGAUUAGGUACCUUUUGUUAUCCAUACUUAUCCGAAUGGCUAUUGUCUAUGUAUGGUUGGAAAGGUACGGUGCUCAUCCUUGGUGGUUGUGCGCUGAAUUGUCUUGUGUGUGGGUCUGUUUUUAGACCUCUUUGCUGGUCAUCGAGAUCUGAUUUGUCAUCUCUCCGGACUGAAUACACAAAUGGAGAUGACCACAACGAGGAUUCUGAUUCUGUAAUGAGUGAUGCGGAAGAGCCGACAAAAAACAAUUUGCUUGACUUUAAAAUAAAAAUUGUCAACUUGCCAGUGAGCAACAUAAAAUCUAGUUAUACACAUAGUUGCCAUCAACUGAGCCACGGGAUUUCUGGUUGGUUGACACCUAACAGUUUGAGUGUGAUGGACGUUAACAAAUCCAAAAUUAGGAGCCUACACGAUAUCAAUACAUCAGUGGAACUUAAGCACACGGGACCACGUCGGCGGCUUUCGACAACACAUUUCAAUCCGUUGAUUAAACAAGACAUCUAUUACAGUGGCAGUGUUACCACUUUGAGACAAGAUACUUUAGACCAUAGACGCUAUUCAGAUCUAAGUGAAAAAUCCGGCAACCAGAAACUUCAGUUCAACGAUGCCAUGUCCACGUUUAGUGAAGGAAGCCGGUGCUGCCAGGGUAACAUAUUGCGCCAUGUCUUCAACUUCGCGCUCCUCAAGAAUAAAGUAUUCGUGGCCUUAUUAACAGCAUUUACUCUUGCAUCAAUGCAGUCGAUCGCCAUGAUGUUCCUUCCUAAUUAUGGAAUGCAUAAAGGUCUUAGUCUGACACAAAGUGCCACAUUGAUAUCGGUAAUUGGGAUCACGAACACUAUAGGCCGAAUUUUGAUUGGUUUAAUGACUUAUUCCUUCGAUGUUCCCAGCAUUUAUUCGUUUACUUUCUCCCUACUUAUAUCUGGACUUAUCUCUUUUGCCUUCAUUUUUUGUGACACUUUCGCCAGUCUCAUUGUAUGCAGUGGCGUGUUCGGCCUUUGUAUGGCUGUAAUUGUCUCUCUCCGAACUAUCGUACUUGCUGAUCACUUAGGAAUUGAAAACCUCACCCACGCGUUCGGCGUUGUGGCCUUAUUUCAAGGCAUAGGCUUCACAGUCAGCCCACCACUAGCAGGUUUUUUGUACGAAGUGUACGAAAGUUAUACGAUUCUCUUCUGCGUUGUUGGCACGUGUUACGUGACAGCUUCUGUAUGUUCGUUCGCUCUCUGUCUUCAAGUAUGUUGUAACAGGAAGAAACGUUCCCGGAGAGAGUCACUUAAAAUUCCAAGCCACGAUAGUGACGAAGAAAGUGAAGUCAAUGCCGAGAUCAUUUCUGUCAGAGAAAUCGAUGACGAGGAAUACGUAACAAAAGAAGUGGCGAACUACUCCUGAAAAUGCUUAAAAGCCCAAAAAAAAUAAUAAAAUCAUCUUACCAUUUACGUUAAUAUAAACUGAAAACAUAAGCACUGUAUAUAUAUAUAUAUAUAUGUAUGUAUGUAUAUGUAUAUAUGCAUUACGAUGUACGGACGAGAGAAAGUAGAGUUUAUUCGUUCGAAUCCUGAUGAUGCCUUCUGUUGUUUGUUACUCAAAGUGUCUCGCUGUGUCAGCGUGACACCCCUGAGUAGAGAUGGAGUGACUCAGCAGUUUAGGUUGAAUGUGUAUUUGUGUAAGUGAGUGUAUGUGUGUUUGUGUGUGUAAUCAUAUGUAUGUGUGCUUCUUUGUUUGGUGAGUAUGUCUGGGUUCACACAUACACAAGCUCGAUCAUUACAAUUUGAAGAUGAAUAUAUAGAUGUACAUUUUUUUUUUUAAAGCAAGAAAAGAGAAGAAAAUAGGAGAAUAUUCUUUAUAUAUCUUGGGUCUAUAUCCCAUCAGAAUUAGGACAUUCAAAUGAAUGCAUUCGGGAAUAUUUCUUUUUAAUUUAAUAUGAUUCACGAGAAAAGGCUGGUUUCCAACUUACAUCAUGUUUUAUAAAAGGAACCAGUUUACUUGUUUAAAAAGAAAAAUAUUUUAACAGUUUCGUAUUGACCAUCCAAGAAAAGACAAUGAAAUAUUUUAUUCUUAUUUUAACACCGCUCUUCCAAUUUACUAGAAAAUAUUUUUUACCUUUUGCUUUAAAUGAACAGUUUUUAUAUAUAUACACUUUUUGAAAGACUGAUACCUCCAGCUGAUAAAAAAUAUAAUAAUGGUGCUUCAUAUAUAUAUAUAUAAUCUUAAAAGCAGCUGUUACUUGAAACUGCAAAUAUUUAGCUCAUUUACCACCACCACCAUCACAACCACCGCUAUCACCUGGACAAUCAUCAGGAAUAAUAAAGGUGACCAUCCGGUAGAAUCAGUAGAGCGGUGAGUCAAAAUGUCUUGCGGGAUUUAGUUUUGGAUUCUGGGCUCAAGUUUCAUCAUAGUCGACUGUCUUUUAUCCUGCCUUGUGGGUUGGAGAGGGCUCGGUUUAAAAGGGGUGAGUCAUACACUGUCGUUUGACUCAAUUUCUUUCGAUGAUUGUCUGGCUAUGUCAGAAAAUAUUGCUUCACUUCUUACGUUGAUACAAGGCCACAAAUUUGUGAGAGACAUUUAUAAUCGAUUGAAUCGGCCUCAUUUUAUGACUGAUAUUUAUUUUAGCAAUUCCAAAGGAAUGAAAGCACAAACUGAUCCUCGCACAGUUUGAACUUAAAAUGUUUGAGAGGACCAAAACUAAUACUGAUUUUUAAGAUAGGCACAAGGCUUCAAAUGUUAGAGCCGAUGCAACGGACAAUACGCCUGCCUUACAAAUUUUGUGGCUUUGUGCAAAUGUAAGCUCUCAAAAGUUUUCUGGGCGUAACUGCAACAGCUAGACUAUGCUCACCUUAUAAAAAUAGCGUCGUGCACAAACAAACAAAAAAUAAUGUUGUUUCAAUACCCAGUUUUAAAUAUUUCACUUCACUCAGAUCGUUAUUGCUUUUCUAACAGACAUGAACUUCACAACAUUCCAUUUUUCUUCUCCAUAAGCACCAAACUUUGUGUCUUGUCAAACGAAAAAAUAAUGAUCCACUCAAAGUGUUAUUAAACAGACCGAUAUUCUUGACGAACAGAAUCCUCAACCCGGUUUUCUAUUUCCAGAUGGCACCAUUUCACUUAUUUUGGUCAUUCUCUUCGGAAAUUCUUCAUAUAAAUUUCCUUAAACAUUUCAAUCAUGAGUUGCUUCAAAAGAGAGUCAACAGCUGGCCGAGCCGAUAAUGUCGAAACUAUCAGCCGAAUAUCCAAUGAUUCGUAACUGUCAGCGAAGCUGACAGUGUCACUUACCUGUAAAUAUGUAUCACACAUCUGUAAAUACGUACCAUGGCUUGGUAAAAAGAUAUAGUACUAUAUAAAUCAACGAGUGUUUUGUUCUCGGCUUAACUCUACGAAUGUGUCUGAGGAAGGUAACGACAAAGCUCAUCAAUUCUGGUCAUUGCACCAGACUCUUUUACUUGUCUGGAAUCUAGUUCUGAGUACAGAUUAUGCGUAACCCAUUACAGACAACAUACAUCAGGUGGAUAACUUACUCAACGACAACGAAUAUCUCAUUUAACAGAGAAAAAAAUGUGGUUAUUGCCGUAUAACAAACGCUGCUCGUUUUCGAUUCUCAUUCAAUGUUAAAAACUCUUUUUCCUUACGACGCUUAUGAAAUUGUGAAAAGAACGCUGCAAAUUCCCAUUUAUUUUCCAACAAAUCUGAGUUCUUGGUAUCUAGAUAAAGGAGAACCAAUAUUUUUUCUCUUUUCUUUUUCUUUUCUCUCGUUGAAUGAAUACUAAGAAAUAUGAUUAAAUGUCUAUACUCGAUUGAAGCCAAUUCAUUUCAUUUAGGUUGGUAAUGCUCUGGAGAAAAACGUAAACGUCACAGAAUCACCCACCACGAUCAUUUUUUUAUAAAUAUGCAGUCAGGUUUUUAUGCAAGAAAACACUGUUGUUUUUGAUGCUUGUUUUCUUUUUAACCUCUACGUUGUGGGAUUGCUUGGGGAAUCGUUAAGCAUUUAAACAAACUACUUCUUUCCUAAAAUACCGAGAACAAAACUAAAUGAUAUUAAAAAAUAUUGAGAAAAGGCAAAUAGUACAUCAUGA